GGCGCUGGUGCGGGACAGCUGGCGCCGGCAGUUACGCCGGGUCGGAGACAGCGGCCGCGGUAGCGGGAGCAAUCUUCGCUGCAGGGAGCCGCAGCCGCCGCCGCCCCCGCACGGAAGGAACCUUGGAAGCCGACGGACCCUUCCUCGCUUUUGGAAAUGGCGGGUGAAAUCACAGAGACCGGGGAGCUCUAUUCUCCCUACGUCGGACUGGUGUAUAUGUUUAACCUCAUCGUGGGCACUGGUGCGCUCACCAUGCCCAAGGCCUUUGCCACGGCUGGGUGGCUUGUCAGCCUGGUCCUGCUGGUGUUCCUGGGCUUCAUGAGUUUUGUGACUACUACCUUUGUGGUGGAGGCCAUGGCGGCAGCCAACGCUCAGCUCCGCUGGAAGAGAAUGGAAACCCAUCAGGAGGAGGAAGACGAUGACUCCUCCACGGCCUCUGACAGUGACGUGCUCAUCCAGGACAGCUACGAGCGGGCAGAGAAACGGCCCAUCCUGUCUGUGCAGAGGCACGGAUCUCCGAACCUUUUUGAGAUCACAGACCGGGUGGAGAUGGGGCAGAUGGCCUCCAUGUUCUUCAAUAAAGUGGGGGUCAACCUGUUCUAUUUCUGCAUCAUCAUCUACCUGUAUGGGGACCUGGCCAUCUAUGCUGCCGCCGUGCCCUUCUCUCUCAUGCAGGUGACCUGCAGCGCCGUGGGCAACGACUCCUGCGGAGUAGAGGCCGAGGCCAAGUACAACGACACGGACCUGUGCUGGGGGCCCCUGCGCCGCGUGGACGCCUACCGCAUCUAUCUGGCUGUCUUCACUCUCCUCCUCGGACCCUUCACCUUCUUUGACGUCCAGAAGACCAAGUACCUGCAGAUCCUGACGUCACUGAUGAGAUGGAUCGCUUUCGCCAUCAUGAUCGUGCUGGCCCUUGUCCGCAUCGGCCGUGGGCGCGGGGAGGGGCACCCGCCGCUGGCCAGCGUCUCCGGGCUCCGGAACCUGUUGGGCGUGGGCGUCUACUCUUUCAUGUGCCAGCACUCCCUGCCGUCCCUCGUCACCCCCGUCUCCUCCAAGCGCCAUCUCACGCGCCUGGUCUUCCUGGACUACGUGCUGAUCCUGGCCUUCUACGGCCUCCUCUCCUUCACCGCCAUCUUCUGCUUCCGCGGUGACAGCCUCCUGGACAUGUACACCCUCAACUUCGCACGCUGCGACGUCGUGGGCCUGGCCGCCGUGCGCUUCUUCCUGGGCCUCUUCCCCGUCUUCACCAUCAGCACCAACUUCCCCAUCAUCGCCGUGACCCUGCGUAACAACUGGAAGACGCUCUUCCACCGAGAGGGGGGCACGUACCCCUGGGUGGUGGACCGCGUGGUGUUCCCCACCAUCACCCUGCUGCCCCCUGUGCUGGUGGCCUUCUGCACCCACGACCUGGAGUCCCUGGUGGGCAUCACAGGGGCCUACGCGGGCACGGGCAUCCAGUACGCCAUCCCCGCCUUCCUGGUGUACCUCUGCCGCAAGGACACCCGGCUGGCCUUCGGCGGCGGGGCUGUCAACAAGCACGGGUCCCCUUUCGGCCACACCUUCUGGGUGGGCUUUGUGCUACUCUGGGCUUUCUCCUGCUUCUCCUUUGUCACCGCCAACAUCAUCCUCAGCGAGACUAAGCUCUGAUGGCAGGACAAGUCUGGUGACGAGCGGGGUGGGGCCCCCCCCCGCCGGCAGAGCCAAGAGCUGGGUGCCUCCCAGGUCUCCGUGGGGCAGGCAACGCCCGGGCUCUUGGAGGGCACCCUGCGCGCCUCCAGCUGGGGGGCUCCUCCCCACCCAGGAUUCCGCACAGUCCGCACCUCGCCUCCCUCGCCCGGCCCACCCUCCUCCAGGCCCUCCUGCCUGGGGCUGCCCCCAGGCAGCCGAGUCCCGCAGCCGGGGCACACGGCUGCUCCCGGAUUCUAGGACUGGGUACUGGGAUGGAGCCCUCUGCUUUCACACACCCCACCACCAGGGCGGGCUCUUCCCCCGGAAGGGUGGAGACGCAGCGCUGGCACUGCCACUAUUUAUACCAGACACGUGUCCCCCCACCCCUGACCCCGCUCUCCCAGUCCCUCCCGCAUCCUUGUCUGGAAGAUCUCCAUUAGGGCAACCCCAGGCCCUACUCCUCCUCUCCACUGGGCCUGGCAGGGCUCACCUUCCCGCCGGGCCUGGAGGUGCCGAGUGCCUCUCCUAGGGGAGUGCCUGGCCAGCUGACGACAAGGACCGUAAGUGCUAAUUGGCACCAGGGUCCCCGGCCCAGAGCUGGGAGGGCCCUGACUCCGGAGCGGCGGGUGGGAGCAGCCUUUCCGCACGGGGUUUAAAGCCCAGAGCUCUCGACCCCUGAAAGGGAGCCUCGGGCUUCCUGCGGCGGGGGUGGGGGGGGGGCGCAGCGUACCAGGGCCACCAGAGGGGAGCUACCCCCAGCUGUCACCGCAGUGGCCUGGGAGCGCCCCGGGCAUGGAGCCCGUGGUUCCCACCCUGUGAGAGAGGUCGGGCCUGCCCCGCCAAGCACAUGGCGCAGAAGCUCUUACCUUACGGAAAAAAACCAUUAGAACCCAUACACAGGCUCCAGCAAAACCCUAAGCGUCUACAUUUCAGUCUAAAUAAAGCGCAGCUGUGCGAGUGCCCCGGCCCUGCCCCCGCGCCAACACUAACGGUGGCUCCGAGCUGUGGGUGAUCAGCGUUCACACUCUCCAUGUCCCUUGGGCGCUGUGGGGUGAGACGGGGCGCCGGCCACCAUUCCCACGGAAGGAGGGCCAGGUUCCCGGGCACCUCACCAGCUCCGCGUACUCCCCGCCCCCAACAGUCAUGCAUGCACCUGCUGGGCCAGCCUUCCUCGGAGACACGGGUGACCCUAAAGAACUCUGCAUUUCCAGUGUGCCUUCUCCUGCUUCAGGGCCUGGGGGCUCCUCCUGACCCUCCCUCGUGUGGCCCCGGCCCUGGGCCUAAUCCCACGUGUCCUGGAGCCCAGAGCAGCUGGACCACGAGCAGCCUCUGGGGUGGGGUCUCGGCCCUUCCCCCUCCCUCCGUUGAUUUCAGUGCCUUGCUCAGCUCUCCAGGGAACCCCUUGCAGCCUCCCCCCUGCAUCUCACCGUC